AUGCCCGUCUACGAAAGCGAAAGACACUACGAGAAACUACCACUCCUGGCAUCGCGCGAAGAACUCCGAGCCAUCAGGACACUACUGGAGGAUGAACAAAUAGACUGCAGCUUCACCCAGUCCUCACUGAGACUGCCUCACAACGACGCCUCUGUUUGAGACACCUCGACCAUGUUUCCAAAAUGUUCGAAACGCGGAGAAAUACCCAGUCUGGAAAGCGCUCCAAGAGGCCGGGCAGCGUCUCUACAGCCAGGAGAAUACGACCAAAGUCAACUUCGCUGAGAUACGGCGCACGCUGGCCGAACUUCUCUCCCUCCAAACACACGCCAUGUAGCAGAAUGACGCGAUGACCAGACAAUUUUGUGUACACCACGCUUUUGUACGUGAAAACUUUCGUCAACAUUAUUGCGAUUUUUAAUUAAUUAUUUAAUUGGUAUCAUCCUAUUAACUUGAAGGGCGUUCCUGACAAUCUUCCUUCACUACUAGCGUAAAUUUUGAUUCUUCUCCAGGUUAAGCAGUAUAAAUUUACCAUUUGUGCCUUUUGCGCCGGCAACCACUACUCUGACGGUUGCCACCGGAUAACCAAGCCAUCCGAGAGGCUGGAAACGUCCCACGACAGCCGCAAGUGCGUCAAAUGCCUGAUGCGCGAAGACGCACAUCACAACUGCCGGGCUCACAAACGCUGCAGAUACUGCAAUGAAGACACACACCAUCCGUCGCUGUGCCGAAUCCCGCUAGUCCACUACGAAUACCAGAAAGUAACUUUGAAACUUCUUCCUCCCGUCGUCGCUCUGUCCUCACUCACAAUAAAAGAAUUUUAGAUUACGCAAAUCAAGGUAACGAGACCAUACAACGUCUACGGGCACCACCAGCACGCCAAGCCCAACAAACAACACAGUCGAAAAAAAAACUCGACUAGCACAUGCCCCGAAUGCGAAACCGAAGAAGACCAUCAUGACAACGACGCCAACCAUUUUCGCGUCACAAGUAACCGCAAUACAAGCCGUCCAGGCUCUAGAAAAACUCGAUUACCAGCGGUCAGGGGAAAGGCUUUUACCCCUGGCUAAAACUGUUUGCCGACACCAUGAAGCAUCCCGAAUACAACCGGAACACGCAUUCUUUCCCUUUUCCUCCAAGGAGGUGCUCGAGUUCGCUACGAAGUAAUCCCGCAAGCCAGCCAAUUGAGCUGGACGGACAUCACUGACGAACUCACCAAAGCAUUCAAAAGCUCCAUCGAAAUCGUGAACGCCCAAGGCGAACUUUGCGAGAUGAAACACAAGGCUCACUGA